GUUUUCAUUGCAGACAAAAUAGUCAUGGUUGGCCACUCCACAUUUAGGAUCAUGAGUCAUAAAAGUUAUUACUAAUAUGAUGCAUUGAAAUUGACUAUUUCAUUAACACAAUUAUAUUGCAAUAGAAUCAACCACCAAUCCCCAUUGUUCUGAAUGAUUGGUUCUUUUUUAAGCCAAAGGCGGGGGAUAGUCCAUAGCUUGACUCAUCGGGAUGGAAAGACGGCGGGGUGUGGCACCCGUUGAAAGAGCUAUUAAGGUAUGUAUUUACAUGAGAUGAAAAGUGUUUGUUCAGUUACUGAAAACGAACGGAGGAUAACGACAUCAUGUUAACCUUCCCCUCGACACUGACAAAGAUGGAACGACAAAUGCACAGAUCACCUUGAACUUUCCUCUGUGUCAGAACCCCAGUAGGCCUACCAACCCAGCAUCGUGCCACAGUCCCAAACUAAACCAUGCAAUUGAGGUUUCCUGUUGCUUUUUUAACGCCAACACUAGCUCGCAUGGGCUGAGUCACCGUGUGCAUUCCUCUGGGCGCGCCGGGGCAGACAGCCUGAACCAGUUCUUCAUCUCGCUCAAAGGAGCCACUAACCAUUGAUGAUGAAUUCCAGCAAGUUGCUAUGGCAGAUGUUUUCGUGCUCAAAACACUACUCGAGAUUCAAUCCCCUUUUCAGAUACUGUCGCCGGUUUAUCUUUCGCGAAAAUGAUACAAGAAUGUCUAUUCGAAAUAUGUGAGCAACACGCGAGUAUACAAAUAUGUAGUUAUCCACUACUGCCUACUUAUUACAUAAAUGUUAUCCUAUCCAAUUCGUGCCAUGUAGUCCUAAUUAAACAUGGCCUUUUGUUUUAUUUUGUGAAAACGUGUGAAAUGUAAUGGACUUUAACUAAAUCAGAGAUUUGUUAUUAAAUGUAAAGCAGACCACCAUGGUCUUUGUAAAUGGCCCGAAAGACCUCAUUCUCUUUUUUGUUGUUGUUCAAAGCCGAAUGAUUUUGGUGGAUGCUUGUGGAAAACUGACAAUCGACGCAGGAAGUGAACUCGGACUGCUUGGCAGACUACCUGAUGAAUGAGGUCCGCUCCUAACGAUGUUCAGGGUGUGUCUGCUACAGGCUUGUCUGCAGGCUUCUCCUGACGCAGAGAAGUGUUGUAACAAGUUUCAACAAGUCACGAACAAAAGCCUGUUUCGAGAGACGGUUGCGCAAAAAAACGUCUUCAAGUCAGUCAAAAACGAAAGAGCGGAGGUUCUGUAGAGAGCCGGCGUGAAACCCAGCCGACGUCAUGGACUGGAAGACCUUCCAAUCCCUGCUGAGCGGUGUGAACAAGUACUCCACGGCGUUCGGGCGGAUAUGGCUGUCCAUCGUGUUCGUGUUCCGCGUCAUGGUGUACGUCGUGGCGGCCGAGCGGGUGUGGGGCGACGAGCAGAAGGACUUUGACUGCAACACCAAGCAGCCCGGCUGCGCCAACGUGUGCUACGACUACUACUUCCCCAUCUCCCACAUCCGCCUGUGGGCCCUGCAGCUCAUCUUCGUCACCUGCCCCUCCUUCAUGGUGGUCAUGCACGUGGCGUACCGCGACGAGCGCGAGCGCAAGUACCGCAUCAAGUUCGGCGAGGAGAAAAAGCUGUACAACAACACGGGCAAGAAGCACGGCGGCUUGUGGUGGACCUACCUGAUCAGCCUCUUCGUCAAGACGGCCAUCGAGGUGGCCUUCCUCUACAUCCUGCACUACAUCUACGACAGCUUCUACCUGCCGCGCCUGGUCAAGUGCGAGGUGUCCCCCUGCCCGAACAAGGUGGACUGCUACAUCGGCCAUCCCACGGAGAAGAAGGUGUUCACCUACUUCAUGGUGGGCGCCUCGGCCCUGUGCAUCGUGCUCAACAUCUGCGAGAUCAUUUACCUCAUCUCCAAGCGUGUGGCGCGCUGCGCCAACAAGCUCAAGAAGCGGACCCGAGGCAUGCCGCAGGAGACGCACGCCGGCUACGACGACAACCACGCCCCCAACAGCUACCCCAUGGAGAUGAUGUCCAAGCGAGACGUGACCAGGGACUUGCCUCCGUCCUUCAGGACCAGCUGCAAGCCUCCGUACCAGCCCGCCAUGCAUUUGCUGAGGGCGGAGAAGAGGGCGGAGAUGAGGGCUUCUGCCCCCAACCUGUCUUCUGAUCCAUUGUUGGACAACCCAAGGAGACUAUAGGGACACAGGGAUGAGAAGAGACGCCGUGUCCAGGGGUAGAGAUUGACUGAAGCUCAGUUCUAUGAAACUUUGUUUAACCUUGGAUGCAGAGCUGUGUCGUGGAUCUGGGCCUGACGCAAUAGCCAUGAUUUGAACGGUACAAGGCCUGCUUUGUGAUGGAUGGGGAUCAACUGGGACCAAAUCGAUGCAGCGUUUGUUGUAUCAAACUGUUUCGGUUUGGAUUAUUGUUGUAGGGCAGUUUCUGCACGACUCAGGAGGACGACUCAGAAGGAAGUUAGCUCCUCUAUUCUAGAAAUGCAGGUUGGGACAAAGGACACACCUGACUCCGGUAUUCAGGCAUCCAACCAACUCUUUGUCAUUGACACUCUUUCUCGCAAUGUGUAUUAUAGGGAAAUUGCAUUUCAGGGAACCUGUCAUUAUGAAAAAUGACAGUAAAAAGGAAUCAUGUUAAACCAUGUGUCAUUCUUUACUUGUUUACCACCAACCCCAAAAUGCUAAUUCUUCUGUUCAUUCAGAAGAAGUCAAAUUGCACUCAGUAUGGUGUAUCAAAUAUGUAAAUACUCCUCAUACUAAAGCAGGGACCCAGAUGUUUUUGUGCACUUCUAACAAAUGUUUGCCUCCAUCAGGGUUGUGUUGUUUGGCCGCAUGUACAUAAGAGCGCCUGUAUUAAGAUCCCAGACCACUGUUGAUUCUGCACAGGGCGAUAGGAAUGCAGUUGUUUGACCCUUCCACAUCUGCGGCCAAGGAGCAAAAGCUUCAUUGCGAGAAAGAACGGGGUCCACAAAUCCUGGAUAAUUGUUGACAAUGGAGUCGUUAGCUGGAAAUUGUUUUUUUGCACUUGGGAUAUUUAAUAAAUAAAGUGUUGAGCCAAA